AUGGCCUCCUCCUCGGCAGCAGACGCCUCUACUUCAGCAGACGAACCGCCACCCAGGCCUCCAGUCAUACCCCGAGGUCUCGGUAGACUCUCUUCGGCCGUCUCCAUCAACGAGAUGCAGCGACCGCGCAAACUAAAGCUCCUUGUCGCCGCAAACGGCCCCAAGGACGUCGCCUGGGCUCAGACCCUAGCCGUCAGGCUCUCCAAGGAGUCCCAGAUCGUCGUCCGCGCCAUUGUCGACGACAUGACCCACAGGCUCGCCCAGGAGAUUGUCUGCUACCAGAACAAAUCGUUCAACACCAAGGGCGAUGGGUGCUCCAGGGAGAUGGACGACCUACACUACCGUGCAUUCGAGUUGGUCGAAUGGGCAGAUCUCCUGGUCCUGGCCCCCAUCGACACCGACAAUCUGGCCAAGAUGAUGGGCGGCAUCGCAGACACGCUACUGUUGGAGGUCCUGCGCAGCUGGGACGCCUCCAAGAGGAUCCUCAUGGUGCCCGGCAUGUCCACCCACAUGUGGGAGAACCCCGUCACCAGGAAGCAGAUGGGGAAGCUGCACAGGAAGUGGCAAUGGAUCCGGGUUCUCCAGCCCAUCUUGUGGUCCUACGACGGACCCGAGCACCACGGCGUGCCCAAGAGAGUAGCCAAGUGGGGAGCCCUGAACGAGCUCGUCACCAUCAUCAAGAACCAGGCCGAUCUCCUGUCGCUGGGCCACGACGUUGACGCCGCCACCCAGGGGCUCGUCGCCAAAAACAGCAAGAAAUCGAGCGCCACGCUCCCCGCCGAGCUGUGGAGCAUCAUUUUCGAGCAUACCGGCGACUGGGAGCUCGCCCAGGCCUGUGGCAUCUACACCAACCUCCCCGUGCCUACACAUCUCGGCUGGCGCCUCGAGCCGCGCGACCAUGCGGACCCCCUUUCGGUCUACCAGCACGAGCUCGAGUGGACCAUCCUGAGCGCGAGCUCCGACGCCAUCUGCAAGAAGCUGUCCGAGGCUCCCGACUCGUUCCACGAGCUCAGCGCCCUGGCCAUCAAGCUCAUCUUCAAGUUCACCCUGACCGAUGUCCUCAGCUAUAUCGAGGCCAACUGCCCCCACAUGUUCAAGUGCUUCGACGGCAAGACCAUCCCCACCAAGGCGUCCGCCUACUACGGCCGCAUCGAGAUCCUGGACUGGUGGGCGCGCAGCCCCUCCUUCCUGCAGAAGCAGUACGACAACGAGGCCGUCGACGUCGCGAGCCAGAACGGCUACGUCCACGUUCUGGAGUGGUGGCGACGCUCGGGCCUGCCGCUCAAGUACACGGCUGCGGCGCUGGAGCAGGCUUCGGCGAGGGGCUACAUCCACGUGCUGGAGUGGUGGCGCGAGGCGUACCUCCAGAACCCGGCCGACAUCUCGCUCAAGCCGGGUAAGUCCAUCCUAGCGGCGGCGCAGUAUGGGCAGCUGGACGCGAUCCGCUGGUGGGACGGGUCGGGCAUCACCUUCGGGCACGAGGAGCAGGUGUGCAAGGUGGCGUCGCGGUACGGGCGGGUCGCAGUGCUGGAGCUGUGGCGCGAGCUCAAGGGCGACGACAAGCUGAGCUUCGACAGCUCCAUCCUGACGGAGCCCACCCUCUACUCGCACAUCGGCGUCCUCGACUGGUGGCUGCGAUACGCCCACGGCGAACUGCCGGGGAUGGACGGCCGCCGCGCCAAGAAGGUCGAGUACCGCAUGAUGGACAUCGAAGAGUCCCUCGAGGACGCGCUCGGCGACCAGACCGAGGUCCGCCGUUGGUGGGCCGAGAACGGCCUCAACCUCGGCAUCGGCACCACCGCCUGGAUGAAGGCUAGGGAGCUUUGA